AUGUUUCAAGCAAUUCAAGUAGAACCAAAAGUUAUUAGCAAAUUUGACACCAAGGACCAAGACAAACUUGAUAUUGUCAGGGCAGAAAUGUCAAGAUUGAAUGCUGAUGUUCUGAGAAUCAGUGAACUGAAAUGGACUGGUAUGGAUCACUUCACAUCAGAGGAAAGCUUUUUGCGAAAAGCUAAAGGUUCAAAAAUCACAGAGAUGGUGACUAUAGCCAUAAAAUACAGACAGCCACUUGGGAAGAUUAUGACAGAUCUGGUGCAGAGACAUCACACUGAUAACAAAGGGAAUACUUACUCCGGCCAAUUCCUCUUCGGUGAACUUCACGGGCACGGCGUUUUUCAUUAUGGCAACGGUGGCAAAUAUGAAGGAGAAUUCUCCUACGGCAUGCGAGAAGGCCAUGGGUCACUGACGGAAAAGGAUGGAGAGACCUACCAAGGAAGCUUUCAUAACAACAAAAAACACGGAGGAGGAAAAAUGACGUUCCCAAAUGGAGAUACAUUUGUAGGGGACUGGAUUCUGGAUCAAAGGCAAGGCCAUGGAGUACUUCAAUGCUCGGAUGGAACCGUGUUUGAGGGACAAUGGAGAAACGAUAUGUUCAAUGGACAAGGCUGCAUGAUCCAUUGUUCGGGCGUCAUCUACGACGGCCUCUGGCAUAACGGCUCUCCUCUCGGCAUAGGACGAGAUCUUCACAUAGUGUCCUGA